GCAGAACAGUGCAUAUUACUUUAUCCUGAACCAACAAACUGGAAAUAAAAAAGAUGAUACUCGGUAGAUAUUUUCUGUCAAGAACAUUCUGCCCUGUUAUGGGUUGGAACACAGCACAGGCUUGGCAGUUGUAUAUCCCUGCUUGAGAAGUGAAGACGUUGAACGGGUUGCUCCAAGUUUACUCCAGACAGUGUUUAUACCUCGGGGCGAGGAAAUCUAAAGGAAACGAGGGAAAUUAGAGUGAAACUGUGUGACCAAACAUUACAAGUUACAUCAUAACCUUGUCUUUAAAUCUAUCCUGAUUAGUUCUAUUAGAAGUUAAAACAAACUUAGAACCGGGUAGUUUCAUUCCUAGACUAUACGCUGAACCAGGAAGACUGGACUCGGAGAGCGGAGAAGAUUAAUCCGGAAAGUUCAACCAUCCGAUAAACUCAUCGGAGAGCAGUUCAUUCGUCCUGGUACGUCCAGGUCUAAUGAGCACCUAGAGUUGAACUAAACCAUGAUGUGAAAGUGAUCAAUAAUCCCCUUAAAGUGAGUCCGGGAAUAUUAAGUGACAAAAUCUAAAUAAUUAGAUUAGGUUGAGCUUCGAACAAGAAUGUGAGAGUUGGAAGCAGGAGUGAGAUAUCACAGGGAUCUUUAUAUCUGGAUAAAUUACUGACAUGAGCUGACAGCUCCUUGACAUCAGUACUGAAGGAUGAGUACAGAGUAUGAGAAUGUACGGAGUACAUGUUUGGAGACUGGAGAACUCUGGACUGAUCCAGAUUUUCCCGCCAAUAAUUCAAGUCUUUUCAGACAUGGUAAAAAUCAGCUAAAUAUUGUCUGGAAGAGACCAAAGGAAUUAGUGAUAAAUCCUGAGUUUAUCGUGGAUACUCAGGCGUUUGAUAUUCUACCAGGAAAAUUAGGAGAUAACUGGUUUGUACAGUGUUUACGUUGUCUGUACAGCAGUAAAGGAUUGUUGUACCGUGCUGUACCAGCAGAUCAGGGAUUUCUAGAUCAAGAUGAAUAUUGCGGAGUUUUCAGGUUCCGAGUGUGGUGGUGUGGAGUGUGGAAGGAGGUUCUAGUUGACGAUCGUCUUCCAACAGUUGGAAAUCGUCUUGUCUUUCUUUCAUCACAUCGUCUCUCGUCCUUCUGGGCUGCAUUGCUAGAAAAAGCUUAUGCAAAGUUACACGGAAGCUAUGACUCGUUGAAAUAUGGAUCAGUACUUGAAGGUUUAGCAGAUCUAACUGGGGGUGUCGUGGAAACCCUUCCUCUCAGGGAUGAUCCAACUUUGACUGGACGAUUACUACUCAGUCUUCUAGAUAUGAGCUCUCUGGUGACCUGUACUGUCCAGGUAGAAAACAAUAACAAGAUGGCCGGCCACAAUGACCGGCUGGCUAACGGGAUCAAUGUUGGAACUAAUUACAGGCUCCUUAGUAUAGAUAAGGUGAGUACAAUUAUUGGUGAGAUGGUACAACUAGUACACCUCGACUCCGGAGAUUCCAACGCUUACCUGGGAACCUGGGGACCUACUAGUCCUACCUGGGAAGAGGUUGGGAUAGAGGAGAGAGGUCGUCUGGGGGUCAACCAGGCAGACCAGGGAGAGUUCUGGAUGUCAUAUACAGACUUUAUGAGAACAUUUACACAUUUAGAGAUGGUUCACCUUGACAGCGAAACAGCAAGAGAUGAGCCAACUAUGGCGGGAAGGAACUAUGUGGAUACGUUUCACCUAAACCCCCAGCUCCAAGUUGUAAUGAAUCAAUCAGAACCGGUUAUUCUUUCACUUUCACAACACUCAGUCACUCAUCCACAGGUGAUUGGAUUUACAGGAUACCCUCAACCACCGAACUCUGAUUCUCUCGGGAGAUCAUUCUUCAAAUCCGCGAGAUCACUUCUCAACUCACAGUACACUAAUUCCAGACAUGUAUCUUUACGAACCACGUUAUCAUCAUGCUCAUACCUAGUCCUACCAACUACAUUCGAACCUAGCCAGGAGUCAUCCUUCACAUUCAGGGUAUUAUCACGAAGCCAGACUAAACUGCGCGCAGUGGACUGUACUCCUGCGCUUCUGCGUAGUCCUGUCCUAAAAGCGCCGGCGCACCUUAAAGAAUCCAAGGGGUACGAGCAGUACGAGAGCUUAUUCAUGCAACUGUGCGAUGAGCGCAGAACGGUCAGCGCGUUCGAGCUUCAAGAACUUUUAGAGACCUGCCUUCCUAAUGAUUAUAUAAAGAGUAUGGCUAGUAUAGACGUCUGUCGACAAAUUGUUUCAACUCUGGAGAAAGAUAAAAAUUCUCUUGGGCGUCUUAGUCAUUCAAACUUUAAGGAUUUGAUUGUUAGUUUAAAAAUGUGGCAAGGGGUGUUUAGAGCACAUACAAAGGAGAAAACUGGUGUUCUAAGAGCGGAAAGACUGCGCGAUGCUUUACUGGAAGUUGGGUUUAGAACAUCGAAUGAAAUUUUAGGACAAAUCCUUCUCAGAUAUUUGAGAAAGGAUGGAACUCUGAGAUUUGGAGAUUUUGUUUCAAUAAUUCUCAUUCUCAAUACUGCAUUCGGGUAUGCAGAGAGAAAAGAUCCUUCAAAAAAUGGUUUUACUAAACUCUCAACCGCGGAGUUGGUUCGAGCAAUGAUCAGCUGCUAAACUUCAAUAUCUUAAACUUCAAGUGAUGAACUGAAGAGGGAAAUAUUGUUUCAAAGAUUAAAACUAUCAGAACUAAAUUACACUGCCUAACUGCCUAAAUGCAGUAUCUAUAAAAGUGUCUUUAUGAAAAAAUUUUCACUUACUUUCCUUACAUAUGUCAUGUUUUUAAGCUUAAAAUUUGAGCGUUUUUAAAUGUUUUAGAGACGCGCUAAAUUUGAUAUCAUAUAAAAAUAAGUUCUUUGAGUUUACAAUGUGCAUUUUACAACUUAUGUAUAAUUGUAUAUACAGUGAUAACCAGACAACUACUUUUAUAAGAAAAUAAGAAGACUACUUUUAGAACUAAGCUAAAGUUAUAUAUAUAUUCUAUAUAUAAGCUAUAUAUAUAGUUCUAACUUGAAAAAGGUCAAUUAAGCAUGUGACAGAGCAAUUGUGUAAAGCGAAGAAAAAAACAUUUCACUAAACAAGUGGUUUAGAAAGUGCCUUUUAUAGCUAGCAAACAUCAAAUACACUUAAAGAUUGCUAUAAUGUUGUCUUCCUUUUCUAUUGUUUUUGGUUAUCACUGUAAGAUGAGAUUUAAAUAUGCUUUCUUGGAGCUUUAUAUUCAAAAUAUCAAGUUUUAUAUGUUUAUUAUGAAAGAUGAUCUUAACUCUGAUUGAUAAUGAUAUAACCCAGAGAAAGACAAAUUUCACGCCUUGAUUAACAAUGAUUUAAAAAACUAAAAGUAUGAAAUUUUUUUCUUCUGAAAAAUUGCUCAAAUUCCCGGCCCGGUUAAUUAAUUAUUAAAAAGGGAACGUUUUAAGCAUUAUUUGAAUUUAUUAGUAUGGUUUAUGAACAAAUGUGAAUUAUAAUCAAACAAAUAUAUUAUAUAUAUUAAAUAUAUACAC